AUGGGUUCCCGCCGAAAGAUCAACGAAAUAGACGAUUCCUUCGAACAGUUCGCCGCCAGCCUUCGUGAAGCUGCUGAUGUGGACUCUCAAGACCAGAUUACGUAAUGAUUCUACACAAAUUUUUCCAAUUUUUACCAAUUCUUUUAGCUUGUAUUUUCAGCUCCCGAGGCUACGAGUCGGAGGAGGGAUGGAGCUGUCGCCUCAAGGACUAUGUUUUCGAGUUCAUUUUGGGAACUGGUGCCUUUGGCGACGUCAUCAAGGCCCGGAAUUUGGCGGAGAAAAAAGACUGCGCGGUUAAACUGCUGAACUACCGAGUCAGCAGCAAACGUCAUAUUGUAAGCCCCAGUAGAUUGCUUUGCACACAUUUUAUCUUCAUUGUUUUUAGCUCGACGAAAUCAAAGCCAUGUCUCGUUUGUCCCAUCCGAACUUGGUCGGCAAAUACUCGGUCUCUGUGAUCAACCGGUCCACUAUUUUCAUCGUCAUGCCGCUGCUGUGGAAUCUCCGGAAACUUUGCGAAGAGAGUCGUGAGCUUCGGGUAAGUGGAGGUUCUCGCAGUGAGACCAAAAUCAAUUUUUUUAUUUUAUUUUUUUUGGGUUCGGCGUUGCAACGAAAAGUUGAAAGGCUUGCAGUUUCGUAAUUCCUGAGCGAUUUAUAGUUUCGUAAUUUCCUGAGCGAUUUAUAUUACGUAAUUUCCUGAGCGAUUUAUAUUAUGUAUAAAUUUUGGGUCUCGCCGCGAAAUGUGUUUUUUUGAGCUCAAGAUUACCCGAGUUCUUUUUAUACAUAUUAAUCGAUUUUGAGCAAGCAAAGAUAUCGAUUUUUGCUCAAAAAUUGAACUUUUGUGUCCCACCACGAAAACCUGAAAUCCCAAGAAAAUUUUCCCAACCCUCAAAAUUUUAGCUAAAUAUGGCCAGACUGUACGCAAUGGCGUCGAUUACCCAACUGAAGCCAGUAAGCCCAGUCAGUGAAAACUGUGCGGGCCAGAUUGUCCAUCAACUCCUGACCGGCCUGGACUUCAUGCACAAGAAUCGCUACAUUCAUCGCGACCUCAAAAGCGGGAAUCUGUUGGUGAGCAAUAAGGGAACCGUGAAGAUUGGCGAUUUUGGGUUGACGAAACAAUUCGAAACAGGCCAUUUCAAACUGGGAGAGAUAAAAACUCCUGUUGGAACGAGCUAUUACAUGGCACCGGAGAUUGCUUUGAGGUUUGUGAAGGUCAGCGAGAAGCCUUAUGAUAUCCGUGCGGAGACUUGGUGAGUUUUAGGAAGGAUACUUCCCAAAUCAAAGCAGUUUUGUAUGAACGGAAGUUUUCGUGGUGAGACCAAGCAUUUUUUGACGGUCCUACAGCGAAACCCUUUGGUGACAAAAUAUUGAAUUAAGAAUGAGGUGCUUGUACUAUUAGUUGCUAUUAUAUCGAAAAUGAUGAUUUUUAGGGUUACUGUGGCAAAAUUAAGACUUUGUUUAGUCCCACCACGAAAACUUCUGGGACAAAAAUUUUUUUCUAAGGCGAAUUUGAUUUUUUAACUGAUCUUUUAGUUGAUUUCCUAAAUUAUAAUACUUUUUUUGAUUUGUAUGAGCCGUUUUUUAGAUUUUCAAGUUGUCGCGGCGGGACCAAUCUUUAUUGUUUUUGUCCGCGGAAACUUCUCAGUUUUGAAUCAAGAAUUUGGAGCUAAGUUUUAAUCUUGAAUUUUACUUUAAGACUACUUCUAUCGUAUUUUAACUAAUAAAAUUAAUUUUUGGUCCCACCACGAAAACCUGAAAUUCUUCAAAUUGGUUAUUUUUGAAUUCCAGGAGUAUCGGGGCUAUCAUGUGUGAGCUUCUCUUGAACUGCCUUCCCUUUGCUCAUUACCCAGCGCACGCCGAGGGGAUGGUUAAGACGCUGAAGGCGGCAACCAAGGAGGUAAAUCAAUAUAAUCUUUUGGAAUGUCGUAUUGUAUUUUACCUCAAAAUUUGCGCUUCUUCCAGAAACACAUUAUUUGGGAGCUGAUGUUCCCGCCACGGAUUUAUGAGGGUAUUGCUAUGGAUUUAUCACCCGCUUGUCGCGACUUUAUCGACAAAUGUUUGGUUGGGGACCCGGCCCAGCGAAAAACUUGUAGCGAGUUGUUGAAAAACAGCUGGGUCAAGAAGUUCAAAGGGAAAAAGGAUGUGAUCCAAGAGGAGUUGUUGGAUGAUGAGAUCAAAAAAGGGGUAAUUGGGAAGUUGAAGGCGAUGAAUGGAAAGUUUUUGGCACACAAUGGAGGGGCCAGAAGGCCUUUGAAUGUGAAUAUGCUGUUCAAUCCGAUGGGAACACGGGUAAAAUACGUCAAUUAAGGCUUGGUCUACAUGCUUUUUUCACUUUGAAAUUAAAAGAAAAUUUCCAUCGCACUGUGCGAGUCCCAAAAUAUUUUUUUUUAUUGCACCGUGCAAUUUUUUUUUCUUCUUUCUCUUUGUUGCACUGUGCAGAUUAUAAUUUUUUUCUGCACGGUGAAAAAUGUGAUUGUUGAACUGCGCAGUGCCGUUGUAUUGAUUUUUUGAUUGCACAGUGCGAUGAGAAAUUUUGGGUACUGCACGGUGCGGUUAAAUUUUUUUUUUUUUUUUUUUUUUUUGAAUUUUCUGAUGUCGAAGCUUUGCAAGAAUAACUUCAGAUGUACUACCUCAAGUUUACCGUGGACGCGACAGCCGUCGGACGUCUGGAACGGAAAGUUCAGCAAGAUUGUCGGGCCUGUUUGUUGAUACUCACCAAUAACCGACUGAUCAGGUAAAAUACGCACUUCUUAGGCUUAAGUUUAUAAACUUCAAAAUCUGUAUAAUUUUUUCAAAAAUUUUUAUUUUUUAACGCAAAAAUUUUUGAUGACUAUUUUUUGAUUUUGAAAAAAAAAUUAAUUUUAAUAUUUUGCCUAACAAAAAUUUAAUUUUUUCCCCUACUUUUGCAGCACCGCCAACUACCUCUAUCUGUGUGAGCGCAUCCCCGAACUUGUGGAAGCCCGGGCCGAGAUUGAUUUCAAGAAUUCCUAUAUGGUUUUCCCGUUCAGCAGAAAAGAUGACGCCAUUCCGGACAAGGAAAACCUCACCGGACAGGCAUUGAUUGUGGUCACUUACAACAAUUCGGAAUGGGACUCUGUGCUCUCAAAAUGCUAUCCUCGUUUGGUGAAAAAAUACGAAAAGGCGAUGGAUUGCAGAAGAAUGCGGAUGAAAAUUUCUCAAAAAGAAAGGGAAGAGAAUAGGGAGGACGUGAUCAGAUAUGUGGAGUAAGAUUUUUGGGAUUUUUUAGGAGAACAUGCGAAAAUUUUUAAUUGCACUGUGCACAUCUUUUAUUAUUAUUUUUGCACAGUGCAAUUGACUUUUUCUCUCUUCAUUGCACACUCUCGUUUGUCGGAACUUACUUUUCGCCCUUACGAGGGAAUGGUCUGAACUUCCCCCGGCGUUUGGCAAAAUGACUAGUACAGGUGGAUAGAGCAGGUCAACUUUGGUAAAAAGAGCCAUUUUCCAGCUGCGGAAUAAGCCCGGCCGACGAGAAAAAUCGACCGAAAGUUCCACAAAAAUUUCCUCUUUCUUUUCCUUCCGAAAAGAAGAGCGGCGUCCAGUGGUCCGGUUAGCCGAGUGGAUAAAGCAUCCGCUCGAUGUUCUUUUGGGGGUUGGUUCGAUUCCGGGGAAGCCCGAAGGACCGUAAUAAGACUUUGGUAUGGGCGAGACCAAACUCUCAUAAAACAAAAAAAAUAUUUUGCCGUUUUUAAACGUUUUAUGGGUUAUAAAAUUUUUUUUUAAAUAAUACAAAUUGGGGUACAGUCCUUUUCAAAAAGAUAUGAUGGAUACCUUUAUCUAUGACCAUACGAGGAUGACUUCGACGUUCCAUCGAUUUGUAGGUCUGGAAAAAUCCAAAAAAACCAUUUUUUAACGAUUAUCUGUGUUUUCGGUAUAGUUAGUUCCAUAAAACGUAUAAAAAUGGCAAAAUAUUUUUUUUUGUUUUAUGAGAGUUUGGUCUUGCCCACACCAAAGUCUUCGGUCCUUCGGGCUGCUCCGGAAUCGAACCAACCCCCAAAAGAAUAACGAGCGGACGCUUUAUCCACUCGGCCAACCGAACCAUUGGACACCGCUCUUCUUUUCCGAGGGAAGAGAAAGAGGAAAUUUUUGUGGAACUUUCGGUCGAUUUUUCUCGUCGGCCGGGCUUAUUCCGCAGCUGGAAAAUCGUUCUUUUUAACAAAGUUGACCUGCUCUAUCCACCUGUACUAGUCAUUUUCUCAAACGCCGGGGGAAGUUCAGACCAUUCCCUUGUUAGGCUUUCAAAAUAAGCGCUUUCCCUUCGUGCAGUCGUGUCCGAGUGGUUAAGGAGAUUGACUAGAAAUCAAUUGGGCUCUGCCCGCACAGGUUCGAAUCCUGUCGUCUGCGGAGAUUUUUUUUUGCAAAAUGGGAUAAAAAAAGUGUAAAAUUGUAAAGUUGAUUACUUUUUACGAAAUCUUGCGAAAUAUGAUAGAUAAUUUAAGAACGUCUUGUUUAAAAAAGCAACAAAAAAAAUAAUUUUUUUCGUGUUGUUCAACGUUUUUUCAUUUUAGAUCCGAGGAAGAAUCGGAUGGAGAUUCUGGAGUUGCGAGUAACCACAAGACUUCCAGCGGUCUUUCGAGCGAAUCAUCAGUUGAACCAGAGGCGAGGAGAGGAAAAACAAAUCUUUUGAAACGCGGCCGCUUGGCACUGAAAGCAUUUUUCAACAAGGAGAAAGAAGAGUCGAGUGAAAAGCAAGAUGAUGAUUAG